GAGUGGGAGGGGCGUCCAGCCACUUAAGGCGGAGUUCGGCAACACUGUCCUGGGUAGCAAGUAGAGCCUGGUCCAAGGCUGGUACCAAUUGCCCCUUUCCUAGAGUGUUAUGUUAUAUUCCCUUAUUGACGGGUCACAAACUCUGGGGGACAUGAAGGAAGAGCCUCAAUAUCGUGACCGUUUUGUUCAGCUCCGGACAUCAGUGUGAGCCCCGCGCUCCCUAGAUAAAUCUCCACCUGCUGCUCAUCGGAAAAGAAAUGCCCAACUGACAAAAAGAAGCCCCUGAGAAGACAGAUAUUUCAUCCCCUUGGGGCUGGUGCCAUGGCGCUGCGGGCGAGCCUGGUGCCCGUGUGCUGCCUGGCAUUCCUGGCUUUACUAACACUGCCUACCAGGAGCUGCGGACCCGGCCGGGGACCCGUGGGCAGACGCCGAUAUGUGCGAAAGCAACUUAUACCACUACUCUACAAGCAGUUUGUGCCCAGCGUGCCAGAGCGGACUCUGGGUGCCAGUGGACAGCCCGAGGGCAGAGUGGUCCGGGGAUCAGAACGCUUUCGAGACCUGGUGCCCAACUACAAUCCUGACAUCAUCUUCAAGGAUGAGGAGAACAGUGGAGCUGACCGCCUUAUGACCGAGCGCUGUAAGGAACGAGUGAACUCGCUGGCUAUCGCAGUGAUGAACAUGUGGCCAGGAGUGCGCUUGCGGGUAACCGAGGGCUGGGACGAGGAUGGACACCAUGCUCAGGACUCACUACACUACGAGGGCCGGGCCUUGGAUAUAACCACAUCGGACCGCGACCGCAAUAAGUAUGGGCUCUUGGCACGACUGGCAGUAGAGGCUGGCUUCGACUGGGUCCACUAUGAGUCUCGCAACCACGUGCACGUGUCUGUCAAAGCUGACAACUCUCUGGCAGUGCGAGCAGGUGGCUGCUUCCCAGGAAAUGCCACGGUACGUCUUCGAAGCGGGGAACGGAAGGGACUACGUGAAUUACAUCACGGAGACUGGGUGCUAGCUGCAGACGCAGCUGGCCGGGUGGUACCCACGCCCGUGCUACUCUUCCUGGACCGAGACUUGCAGCGCCGGGCCUCUUUUGUAGCAGUGGAGACUGAGAGGCCCCCACGCAAACUGCUCCUCACACCCUGGCACCUGGUCUUUGCGGCCCGCGGCCCAGCGCCGGCCCCAAGCGACUUUGAGCCAGUGUUUGCUCGCCGACUGCGCGCUGGGGACUCGGUACUUGCCCCAGGCGGGAACGCGCUUCGACCUGCGCGCGUGGCCCGCGUGGCCCGAGAGGAGGCUGUGGGUGUAUUCGCACCUCUUACCGCGCACGGGACUCUGCUAGUGAACGACGUCCUGGCUUCCUGCUACGCUGUCCUGGAGAGUCACCAGUGGGCUCAUCGUGCCUUCGCGCCCCUGCGUCUGCUCCACGCGCUAGGGGCUCUGCUACCCGGUGGGACCACCCAGUCCAUCGGUAUGCACUGGUACUCUCGCCUCCUCUACCGUCUGGCAGAGGAAUUGCUGGGCUGAGAGUUCAGGGUGGAAACACCUGAACAUCGGCAGAGACGUGGGCGCCUGGAGAGAAGAGGAUACAGACAGAAUAUGAAAUGGAAGGAGGAACAGAAAGAUGAGGACAAAGGAAAAAGGAUUGGAUGUGGGGUUAGGGUUGAGGGGAGUUUGACAAGGUAUCUUAAGGAGGGAUAAGAAGGUUGUACAUGGAUGAAAACAGUAUUUCCCCUAGCCACCAUUAUCUCCUCAGCCUUCUACAAAUUCAAUUCAAUUCGUUAAAAAUUAACAAACAUUUAUUAAACAUUAAGUAUAUACUAUAUGCAGGGCAUUUUACUAAACAUGGGAGAAGAUGAAAAGUAGUCCCUGCCCUCAUGGAGCAUGCAACCGUCUUGUUCCCUUCUGAGUGCCCUAAUUCCUGGCCGAUAAUUUUAUUUUUCUAUUUAUAAAUGGUAAUAUAAUCUUCCAACUCUUAUCCCUGUUCUAUGCCCAGUCAGGCAUUAAGAAGAGCUGUGAUCAACUCUAAUACUGUCACAAUCCUUUUUUCACCAUGUGAUCUAAUAAAAGGAACAAUCCAGGUAUGAGA